AUGGAGCUGCAUCAAGAUACUCAUCAUCAUAUCCAAAUCAAAGAUUCAUACUUUGUAGGAAGAGCCCUAUUAAACUUCACAUCCAUUUUUGUAUCAUUAGGUGUAUUCAUAUUUGGAUUUGAACAAGGUUUAAUGUCUUCAUUAUUAACCAAUACUCACUUUAAAAACUAUUAUCAAAACCCAACUCCCUUUGAAAUUGGGACUAUGAUUGCUAUAUUAGAAAUAGGUGCAUUAUUUUCAUCAUUCUAUGCUGGUAAAAUUGGUGAUGUUAUAGGUAGAAGACGUACUAUCAGAUAUGGAUCUUUCAUUUUCAUCGUAGGAGGCUUGAUUCAAGGUACUUCCAUCAAUAUUAUGAAUCUUGGAUUUGGAAGAUUAAUCAGUGGUAUCGCUAUUGGAUUCUUAACUACGAUUAUUCCAUGUUAUCAAUCUGAAAUCAGUCCUGCCGAUGAUAGAGGGUUUUACGCAUGUUUGGAAUUCACCGGGAAUAUCAUUGGAUAUUCUUCAUCCAUUUGGGUAGAUUUUGCUUUUUCAUAUAUUGAUAAUGAUUUAAGUUGGAGAUCUCCUUUAUUACUUCAAUGUUUCAUUGGUUCUUUAUUAUGGUUAGGUUCAUUUGUCAUUGUUGAAACUCCAAGAUGGUUAUUAGAUCAUAAUCAUGAUAUAGAAGGUAUGAUCGUUAUUUCUGAUUUAUAUGGAGAUGGAGAUGUUGAAGAUGAAGAAGCUAUUAAAGAAUAUAGAAAUAUAAAGGAAAGUGUUUUAUUAGCUAGAAUAGAAGGUGGAGAAAGAUCUUAUCAAUAUUUAUUACAAAAAUAUCCUAAAAGAUUAUCAAUCGCUUGUUUCUCCCAAAUGUUUGCUCAAAUGAAUGGUAUCAAUAUCAUUUCUUAUUAUGCUCCGAUGAUUUUUGAAUCUGCAGGUUGGGUUGGUAGAGAUGCCAUUCUUAUGACAGGUAUAAAUUCAAUUAUCUAUAUCUUUAGUACUAUCCCUCCAUGGUAUUUAGUUGAUGAAUGGGGUAGAAAACCAUUAUUAUUAUCCGGAGCCAUCUUAAUGGGAAUUCCAUUAUUUGUCAUUGCUUAUUCAUUAUUCUUAAACAAUGAAUAUACCCCAAAUACCGUUGUCAUUAGUGUUAUUAUCACCAAUGCAGCUUUUGGAUAUAGUUGGGGUCCAGUCCCUUGGUUAAUGAGUGAAGUCUUCCCUAAUAGUGUUAGAUCUAAAGGGGCCGCCAUUUCAACUGCUACUAAUUGGUUAUUUAAUUUCAUUGUGGGAGAAAUGACCCCAAUUUUAUUGGAUUUAAUUGAAUGGAAAACUUAUCUUAUUCCAGGUACAUCAUGCUUUAUAUCAUUUUUAGCUGUCGAAUUUUUAUUUCCGGAAACUAAAGGGUUAUCAUUAGAAGAUAUGGGAUCAGUAUUUGAUGAUAAUUCGUCAGUAUUUUCAUUUCAUUCCGGUUUUGGUUCUAAUAAUGAACCAAGUAGAAGUAGAAGUGGAUCAACAUCAGCGAUUAAUGCAUCAGCUGCUUCAAUUGCCAGAAGUCGUUCACUUAUGAGGCCAGUCGCAUCAGAAACAUCAAAUUUAUUAAAUAUAGGAGGAAGUAAUAAUGUAAUGGGUUCUACUUCAUCUAUUACAGGGGUCAAAUCCGAUUAUUCUGGUUCAUCCGCUAUCUCAGUAGAAGGUAUACUACCUUCCAACACUAUCCCAGAAGAAAUUGAACCUCCAACGUUCGAUAUAAUCUAUCAAUAUAAAUUGAAUGAAAUUGAACAGAAUAAGAAAUCGAAUCCAAUUUCAUAUUUAUAUAAUUCCAUAUUCCCACCAAAGAAUAAUACAGAUCAAGAGAAUCAAUUGCUAAAUGGUAAUUGA